AUGACGUUCCCUAUAUACCGUUCAAUUUUUCGUUUUCCUCUCUCUCUCUCUCUCUCUCUCUCUCUCUCUCUCUCUCUCUUACUCCCUGACAUUGCUCUCUCUAUGCUGACAGCUAAUUUUUUGUCUUCCAUUACCACCCUCCUUCCUUCAUUAAACCCACUUUUUUCUCUAAACCCUCUCUCUCUCUCUCUCUCUCUCACACUCACUCACACUCACGUUAUCUGUUUCUUUAUAUUUCUAUUUCACUUUUUCGUUUACCUGUCUCUCCUAUCUCUCUAUUUAUCUAUCUAUCUAUCUCCCUUUGAUUCUUUUUAUUUCUCUCUAUUACACAUUCUCCAAAUUUCGCUUUCUCUCUUUCUUUCUUCCUCUGCCUUUAGCUCUCUCCCUCUCUCUCUCUCUCUCUGUCUGUCUCUCUCUCUCUCUCACACUUUCGCUUUUUACGUUUUCCAAUUUUACCUUUCUUUCUCUCUCUCUCUCUGUCUCUGUCUCUCUCUCUCUCUCUUUUCUCACGAUUCCCAAUCAUUAACUUUCUCAUACGUAUUUUAUCUUUCUUUUUUCUUUUAUUUCUUCUCUCUAUUUUUAUCUCGCUAUCCUCAACUGUUGCUCUUUAGCUAUCUCAUUCCUGUUCCAUCUUUCUCACUUUGCCUUUUAUUCAUUCCCCCUCUCUCUCCCUCUCUAACUUUCUCUCUACCUAUCUAUCUCUAUAUCUAUCUAGUGAGCGAUAAGUCGCGCUUACUUCCCCUUGAGCGGACACAGAGCAUUCCAUCUCGGCCCGACAACUGCUCACUCCUCUGUCUUUGCCUUCUUGCCCUUACAUCCUCCGUCGGUUUUCUCCCUCCAGAUUCUUCCACCACCUCCUCCUCCACCCCCUUCAGCAUCUACAAAUCAACGCGAUUCUGUUUAAAUUAUCUCUCGCGCUCUCUCUCUCUCUCUCUCUCUCUAUCUAUCUAUCUAUCUAUCUAUCUCUCUAUCUAUCUCUCGUGCACUCCAUAUUUUUCAAAAAUAUCUAUUCUUAUAAUUCUUUCCUUCAUUUGUAAUCCUUUUUUCUUUCUUUCUUGCCUUUCUUUCAUUAUUAUUUUUAUCUUGCAUUUCUUGCUUCUUUCUUUCAGUUAUUUUUCGUUGAUUUUUCACCUUCAUUACUGCAUUCUCCUUCUUCGUCAUUCCAAUUCAGUUCCUUUCAUUAAUUAUUUCAUUUGCCUUUCUUUCUUUCAUUUUUAUUUUCAUCUUGUCUCUCUUGCUUCUUUCUUUCAGCCAUUUUUCUUUCAUUUUUCACCUUCAUUACUACAUUCUCCUAUUUUUUCUAUCGUUCCCCACCUUUAUUUAGAGAGGGUCAUUUUCUACCAUUUUUUUCUUUUUUCACCCACCUCCAUUCCAUUUUAA